AUGUCAGUCCAAGACGGCGCUCGUUUCGACUUUAUUGUCGUGGGUGGUGGCACAGCUGGCAAUAUCGUCGCCGCACGCCUAGCUGAGAACCCGGACGCCAGGAUUCUGGUCGUUGAAGCUGGCAUUGGCAACUCUAUUGAUAAUGAAGAGAUCCGCACGCCCGCGCUUGCAAUGGACAUCCGCGGCAGUCAGUAUGACUGGGCUUACAAGACCACCAUGGUCAAGCGCGAUGACUAUGAGCGUAUCGAGAAGCCCAAUACCCGCGGAAAGGCCCUUGGGGGCAGCUCUUCGCUUAAUUAUUUUUCAUGGGUGCCUGGAUCUAAGGGCACCUUUGACAUGUGGGAGGAGUACGGUGGAAAGGAGUGGACCUGGGAUCCCCUCGUUCCUUAUCUGAGGAAGAGUGUGACCUACCACGACGAUGAGGGCUUGUAUCCGAAGGAACUCAAGAAGAUUGGUUCCGGCGGCCCCAUUUCAAUUGCUCAUGCCAACCUCAUGCCGGAAAUGAGCCACUUCCGUGAGCUUCUCACCAGAGCUUGGAAGUCCACUGGUGAGCCUAUUUCCGAGAACAUAUUCGACGGCGAGAUGCGUGGCCUUGUGCACAGUGUCAACACAAUCUACAAAGGCCGACGAUCAGGUAGCUUCCUCGCGGUAGCUAACACCAAGAACGUUACUAUCCUUCCUCAAGUCAUUUCGAAGCAGCUGAUUAUCGAUAACGCUGAGCGUGCCGCCAAGGGAGUCACGGUGAUCACUGGCUCCGGACAGGAGCUUAGCUUCUACGCUACCCGUGAAGUCAUCGUGUCUCAGGGUGUCUUUGAAACCCCCAAGCUUUUAAUGCUCAGCGGUAUCGGUCCUGCUGCUGAGCUGGUUAAACAUAGUAUCCCACUGGUUGUUGAUUCGCCCCAUGUUGGUCAGCAUCUGCUGGAUCAUCCAGGCGUACCUUUUGUCCUUCAAGUCAAGGAUAACUACUCUAUGGAUAGUCAUGUCCUCCGAAAAGGUCCUGUGCGUGACAAGGUCCUAGCAGCUUACUCCAAGAGCCACACUGGUGCCAUGGGGUCACCCUUCCUCGAGAUGAUUGGGUUCCCCCGUAUUGACAAGUACCUGGAGAAAUCUCCCGAGUACCGCGCGGCAAAGGCUUCGAAUGGUGGCCUUGACCCCUUCUGUCCGUAUGGCCAGCCUCAUUUCGAGCUUGAUUUUAUCCCAUUAUUCGGAAGUGCCUUCCAAUGGCACUUCCCCCAUCCCAACAAGGGCAGCUACAUGACUGUCAUGGUCGACCUUGUCAGGCCGGUUUCUGAAGGUGGUGAAGUUACUCUGAACAGCGCCGAUCCCUUGGAGCAAGCCUCGAUUAAUUUAAAUUAUUUCAACAAUGAUCUUGACAUCAUUGCCAUUCGCGAAGGCAUCAGGUUCGCCUACGACGUUCUAAAGAAUGGCGAUGGGUUCAAGGAUAUUGUUGAGGAUGAAUAUCCGUGGGAAAUGCCGCUGCAUGAUGAUGAGGCAAUGAAGAGAACCGUUCUGGACCGUUCUCAGACUUCGUUUCACCCCUGUGGCACUGCUCGCCUGUCCAAGAAUAUCCAACAGGGUGUCGUGGACCCCAGUCUAAAGGUGCAUGGGAUUAAGAACCUCCGUGUCAUCGACGCGUCCGUCAUCCCAGUCAUUCCGGACUGUCGCAUUCAAAACUCCGUCUAUAUGGUGGCCGAAAAGGGUUCAGAUGCCAUCAAGCGCGACCACGCAGAUCUCUACCGUUAG